AUGUUAACAUCUGAAGCAGUUUCAUCAGAAGAUUUAUUGAAAUGGAAUGGAAAAAAUCAAGAAAGUAUUCAACAACAAUUGAUUUUUGAUCGUAGUUGCGUUAAUCUUGAAUCAAAUCAAAUAGUCUGGUUAAAUUCAAACAAUAAAAACAUUGAAUCUAUAACUAAGAAUUUUCGUCUUCUUGUUGAUUAUAUAAAACAGUUAACAAUUUGGUGGUAUACACGUGAUAGUUUUAUCUAUCGUAUAUUGAAUAAAGCUCUACGUCAAAAUAACAUUGAAUUAUUGUUUUUAUUUGGAUUUUUCGUACAAGACAUGUAUCGACAACUCAAAGAUAUAUAUGAACUAGAUAAAAAACGUUAUACUAAUGAAAAUCAAGUAGUUAUGGUAUAUCGUGGACAACUCAUGUCUCGUCAUGAAAUACCAAUACUUCGAAUAAAUACGGAUCAUAUUGGUAAUAAUGCUUUCUUUUCAACCACAAUGGAUCGAUCACUUGCAUUAUUUUAUACGGGUCCUGGAGAGCUUACCGAUGAAUUUCAAAGUGUAUUAUUUGAAAUUGAAUUGAAUGUUCACGAUGAAUCAUAUCUUCCAUUUGCUGAUAUUUCACAUCUAAGUUCAUUUCCGAAUGAAUCCGAAAUAUUGUUUAUGAUUGGUACACAAUUCAUGUUAAGUACUGUAAAUGAUCAAUUAGAUUAUGACAAUACAGAACGGAUAUGGAAGAUAAAAUUAAAAGUUCGAUCUAAUGAUCGUAUCCAAGAUUUGAAAAAUCUUCAAAGCUCGACUCAACGGAAAACAUUGAAAAAUUGGGUCAAUAUAAUUAAGUCAUCGCUUUGUUAUUCUAAUUGA